AUGGUCAACAACAUGACACCUAAAAAAAGUCAAGAUAGGGCUGAUGCGGCUAUAUUUGCCUCUGAAGUACCUAGUCUGUCUGCUUCAGUUACUUCUUCAAAUUCAUCAAAAGUUUUACUUUCAAAUAUUGACAAUGACCCCGCUUUAGAAAGUUCAUCAACAUAUAUUUCAAAUUCAGAAUCACGACCUUCAAAAACAGUAAUCGUUUUAACUUUAACAUCAUCUAUAUCUGGUUUCAUGUUUGGUUAUGAUACUGGUUACAUAUCAUCAGCAUUAGUUCAAAUUGGUACUGAUUUAUCAAAUAAAAUUUUAACAAAUGGAGAAAAAGAAUUCAUUACUUCAGCAACUUCAUUAGGUGCAUUACUUGGAGCAAUUAUUGGUGGUAUAUUAGUGAAUAUAAUAGGUAGAAAGAAAGUUUUACUAGGUUCAAAUGUUAUUUUUGUUGUUGGAACAAUCAUACAAUUAGUUUCAAAAACAGUUUGGACAAUGAUUGUUGGUAGAUUCAUUUUAGGUUGGGGAGUUGGUAUUGCAUCCUUAAUUGCUCCACUUAUGUUAUCAGAACUUGCACCAUCUAAAUAUCGUGGUAGAUUAAUUGUUACUAAUGUCAUGUUUAUUACUGGUGGUCAAUUAAUUGCUUACUUAAUAAAUUGGGGUUUAACUAGAGUAGCUCAUGGUUGGAGAGUGUCAGUUGGUUUGUGCAUGGUUCCACCUGUAUUUCAAUUUGUUUUAUUUUGCUUUUUACCAGAUACUCCUAGAUUUUAUGUUAUGAAUGGACAAAUUGAAAAAGCUAAACUGGUGAUUAGAAAAAUGUAUAAUCAUCCUUCAGAUGCUUUUGUUGAUGCUACUAUUGAAGAAAUGAUCCUUUCUAAUUCUACUGUACCUGGUCAUAAUCCUUUACAAAAGGCUUGGGAGUCAAUAAAAGUUAUUCAUAGUACGCCUGGUAAUUUUAGAGCUUUAAUUCUUGCUUGUGGUUUACAAGGUAUACAACAAUUUACAGGUUUCAAUUCUUUGAUGUAUUUCAGUGCUACUAUUUUUGAAACAAUUGGUUUUCGUAAUCCCACUGCUGUUUCUAUCAUUAUUUCAGCUACUAAUUUUGUUUUCACAGCUAUUGCGCUUUGUAUAAUUGACAAAGUAGGAAGAAGAAAAAUUUUAUUGGUUGGUAUUCCUUGUAUGUGUGGUUCAUUGGUUAUUUGUGCUAUUGCUUUCCAUUUCUUAAAUGUCAAUUUUUCAACUACUAUUGAAAUAGCAUCAAGAGGUAUAAAUGGUUGGGGGAUAGUCGUUAUUAUAGGAAUGAUAUUGUAUGUUGCUUCAUAUGCUAUUGGUAUUGGUAAUUCUGCUUGGGUAGGUGUUGAGUUAUUUUCUGAUGUUAAUGUACGUUCUAUUGGAGCCAUGUAUGCAGCAGGAACUAAUUGGGCAGGUUCAUUAGUUAUUGCAUCAACAUUUUUAACAAUGUUGGAAAAAAUUACACCAACUGGUACAUUUUCAUUCUUUGCAGGCUUAUGUUUGAUUUCAUUCUUUUUUGUAUACUUUUUACUUCCAGAUGCUGCCGGUUUAGAAUUAGAAGAAACUACAAACUUUUUAGCAAAUGGUUUUAAUGUUAAACAAUCUAUAGCUUUAUCAAAGCAAAGAAAAAAACUAUCAAAAUUUGCAAAAGCAAACCCAGCAUAA